UCUCGUAAUAUUUGGCGCGCAUUAGUCUGUCGCUGUCAACUCUAAGAAUCCUAUCUUUCGUCGUCUUGUUCGCAUCGUAAACCUUCAAGACCCAGAGCCGUUAUGUCGUCGCAGUGGUCGCAAGGAGUUGUGCCGCCCCCGGCGGGCGUCGAACCCAACUUCAUCAAUCCCGAGAAUCAAAUGGCUGGGAAUAUCGUAAUCCACACCAUAUUCCUCACCCUAAGCACCUUAUCAGUUAUUAUGAGGAUAUACACGCGACUAUAUGUCUCUCGAGUUACUCUUGGCGUGGACGAUUAUCUUUGCCUUUUAGCAUACGCCGCCACAGCAACCUAUUCAGGUCUACUACUUACGUGUUUCCAUUGGGGAAUUGGUCGUCAUAUAUGGGACGAGCCGGCAAUAUGGCUCAUUCCGGCGUUGAAGUUUCAAACCAUUGCAGCACAAAUAUACUUCGUGGCAACCACCGUUAUCAAACUCAGUCUCCUUUUCUUAUACCGUCGUAUAUUCAAUCUGCAGAAAACCGCGAAGUGGUUCGUUAAUGGCGGGAUUGUCCUCGUUACGCUUAUGGGCGUAUCUAUCUUACUUGCCAUCAUCUUCUUUUGCUUCCCGGUUGAGAAGGCAUGGAACAACUCCAUCCCGGGACAUUGUUCCUCUCCAGCUCCGGUAUCCUACCUUUCUGGCGCAUGGAAUGCCUUCGUGGAUAUCUAUGUCCUUAUCCUUCCUAUCCCUCUCCUCUGGGGGCUGAACAUGGGGCCAAAGCGAAAGAUAAGACUUGGUGCCGUUUUUGGAAUCGGUAUCUUUGGUUGCGCAGCCAGUCUUGUGCGUCUGGGGAUGACACCUCUCCUACAGAGCGAUCUGGAUUCCACUUACAAUAUCGCCAAAGUUUCGGUCUGGGCCACUUUGGAAAUAAACGUCGGGCUUAUCUGCUCUUGUCUCAUGCUCCUACCAGCCUUCCUCAGACACCACCUACCGGAAUCAGCCAAGUCAUAUUUCCGAUCUAUUACAUUCUCGAAGGGAUCUGGAUCCGCGAAAGCUUCUACUGGUCCAUCACAGAAGUGGGGAGGUGUUUACCAACAUAAAGUGAGCUCGGAUUCUCAGAAUCUAGUUACGUUUGGGGAGGAAAACAAGAUAUUAAGGACAAAUACCUUCACGAUGGAAACCGUCCGCGCACCGCCGGAUCUAGAACGCGGUAACCCUAACAUAACUCGAUUCUAGGGCAAUUCCACAACAAACGCUGGACCCGUCGAUCUAUCUAGAGGUUUGCCCCCUUAUGAGCAGCACUAAGUCAUCACUGUGCUAUCCGAUAUGCAAUCUGAAAAUCCUCUCCCGUCUCCGGAUAUGAUGACCUAAGCCGAGCGGAGUAUAGCUACCGUCUUACACUCCGUCAGCACAGAGUACAUCAACCACCUCCCACUAGCCGAAAACAACUCAUUCGCCACCAAUUAUAACGCUGGCUUACAUUCAAUAUCUUACCACCGGAUGUUUAUUCCGGCAAAUUUACGAAGAUCUAUGGGAAAUAUGAAUAAAAUUCAUUUACAACGGGGGCUUGGGCUGACAUGAAUGGAUGGACAUUCUAUGAUCGCGUCUUGGGUCCCAAUUACGAUUGUAUUAUAGCAUCUUAAUACAACGAGUAU